AUGUCGAAUGUGAUCAUCAAUAAUCAACUAAGGUCUAUCAGCUUACCUUCAAGAUCGCAUCCGAGCACAACCAGGAUCGAGGAAGCUCUUAACAAGGUUAAAGCGGUUAACACUGCGACGGGUUCGUCAGAAUCAAUCUUGAUGGCCUUGGCUGGUUUGGAGGAGCUCUACAAUUGUACGGAUGACUUUCUGACAAUGGGUUCGACGCAACGUGUUAUGUCUUCUGAUGGAUCAGAGUUUGUGGAGGAGAUGCUUGAUGGAUCUUUGAGGCUAAUGGAUAUUUGCAGCGUCUCGAGGGAUCUAAUGGUGGAGACUCACGAGCAUGUUCGUGGCGUUCAGUCAUGUGUUAGACGCAAGAAAGUAGCCGGAGGAGGAGGCGACCAACUCGAUGUUGCUAUCUCAAGCUAUGUCGGAUUUAGAAAGAACAUGAGAAAAGAAGCUAAGAGGCUUCUUGGAUCCUUAAAGAAAAUCGGUGGAGGGACAUUCUCAUCAUCAUCCGUAAAUAAUGGCCAACAAGAUGAAUAUCUUGUGGCUGUUACAGAUGUGAUGAGACAAGUAGUCUCCGUAAGUGUGUCGAUGCUGAAGUCGUUCUUGGAGUUCUUGACGAGACGACAAAGUAACAUAAAGAAGAAGUUGACUUCGGUACUAAAGAAAAAGAAGGAUCAUCAUGAUGAGACAAAGAACGAGUUGGAGAGUUUGGAUUCCGCGUUAUGCUGCUCUCGUGAUGAUCACCUACAAAAAAAGCUUGAGGUGGUUGAAAUGAGCAUUGAUGGAUUCGAGAAAUAUCUAGAAGGUUUAUUUCGCAGGUUGAUAAGAACACGAACCUCGCUUCUCAACAUAAUCUCUCAUUAG